AAGGGGGCGUUCAAGGCGUUCAUCAGAAACUGUCAGUGUGGAAGUGUCACGGAGUAUUUUUUUUUUUCUUUUCCUCCCUACUGUCACCUGGAAAGCGGUAGUGUGCUGUGCCCCGUAAGGUGCGUGACAAGUGUGUGUUUGGUGACCAGUAAGGAGGAAUGGCCAAGCAAAGCUGCCUCAUCGUGCUAUCUGCCUCUCCUUUAGGUGUUUCAGCACCUUCCUUCCUCCAGUGCUACAAGUUGACACAAUCUGCUUUUAACAUUGAAAUAGCUACACCAGAGGCUGCUGCUCCUGUUUUCAUCGACAAGGAUGACCAGAGUAGCCGAUGGUUGAAUGACAUAGGUGCCAAAAAUCUCCUUGAACCACGGUCAUUGAGUGAAGUUCAAGGUGGGCAGUACUCAUGUGUUGUGGUGCCUCACAGUCCUGGUGCUAGUGAAGACUUGGCUUCCUGCAAGGUGCUGGGAAAGAUCCUCACACAUUGCCUGGCAGAAAGAAAACCAGUGUGUGCAAUUGGCCUGGGGGUGUGUGCCUUGCUUUCGGCAGUGAAGGGGGAGCCACCACAGUGGGCCUUUCGGGACAUUGCUCUGACAGGGUCUUCCCUUGCUGAAGUCACCACCGCCUCCUACUUUAGUUCUUUACCACUCAUCCCCGGAGAUGCCAUCCUGGACCGAGCUGGGAUCUUCUCCACAGGUGCUCCUGCCAGCAUUCACAUUGUGGUGAAUGCUGGUGUGGUAACAGGCCAGAAUCCUCAGUCCACACUGUCAGCUGUCCAGAACAUGAUCCUCUUGGCCAACCAGAGACAAAGCAAAGGAAAAUGAUCAGACGACACAAUAAACCAGCAACAGAUUAUAAAAGUUUUCUGUCUUCCACACAUCUUCCUGGUAAUGUAUUACUACUUGCAAAAGUUAUAAGUUGACCAAUACAGACUAUAUCUUCUGGCAGACUGAGCUAGAAGCUAAGAUAUAGGCAUCAAACACACACACACACACACACACACAUAGCUCUUUUCCCGUAUGUUACAAUUAGGUAAAUACACACACACACACACACACACACACACACACACACACACACACACACACACACACACACACAUACACACACCAUACACACACACACACACACACACACACACACACACACACACACACACACACACACACACACACACACACACACACACACACACACACACACACACAGAUGAUUCUGAAGUUAAUACUCAUAGGGGUCCAGUAGAAAUGCUUCCUCUACAUUUGUUGUGAGAAACAUUGAAGUUAUUAUUUCACAUUCUAGUUACUCUGUACAGAUUCAUUAAUGACAUUCCAGAUUUGAGUGAACAAUGCUGUUUUUUAUAUACUGUAAGUUUAUUAUUUUGACAGCUUGAGUGACUUGGCAUUAUAUUAUCAGUGCAUAUUUUUUUUUAAUCAAAUGUAUAUGUUUCUUAUUUUACAAUUUUACUUAUAUAAAGAUGAAAGCUUGUUGAUUCAAACAUUUUGCUGUUCUAGAAUUGCUUUAUGAAACUGGAAAUUAUUGGAGAUAUUUGCUCAAGGAAGAUGUGGUAAUUGUCAACUGGCACACUAAAAUGUGGAUUAUAAAGCUAUCUAGAUAUGAUUAUUAACACAAUGGUGGUGUUGGUGGUGUAAUAAGAGUACACUGACACACACCAAUAUGUUGUGAAUGUUGUUAUUAUUUUCCAUGUUUCCCAGUAGAUGAUGAUGAUAAGCUAUUUGAAUGGUACAAAAAUAUAUUCAGAAGUGUUUACUUGUAGGCUGUACAUUUUCCAGGAAAUAUGUAAAGGAGGGUGAUAGAAUUUUUAUAUUAGUGAAAAUUUAUUUUUUUGGGGUUUUAUUUAUUUAUUUUUUUAUUUAUUAUUUUUUAUCUUUUGUGUGCAUAUUCAUGAACUGAUAAUUUAUUGGCAGUACUCUGAUAUAGUUAUUGGUGUGAAAACAACUGGUAAGCAGUUUCUCAAUAUCCACAUUCUCUUCAGGCAUUUAAUGGCUUAAGUUAAAACCAUUAUCAGUCAUACAGGACAUUAUCAUGAUUACAUUUUAUAGUGGAGAUACUUCCACUAUGUACUAGAUCAGCAGCUACAAUAAUUUUUACCUUCUAGUUUUGCUGCACUAAAUGUCAUGGAAAUGCUUGUCAUGAGACAACACCUCAAAUCAUCCAUUAUUUUUAUUCUUUUACAUCCACACUGACCUUGAACUUCACACUUUUAUGGUGCAGCACACUAUAGAACAGUAGGUCUUCUCUUAUUGUUUCUCUACAGCAUGUUGUUUUGUUCUGCUAUCAGCAUGUUAUAUGUGAAUAUGAGGGUAGAAGACAAGAAUGGGCUUCAGAAAGGUGGAUAUGAAGGAGAGAAAAGUGUGAGGAAAAAAAAUAACAUUAGGAUGUAUAACAUAAUAAGAGAGUCUGGAGGAAAUGGGAAGAAAUGUUCAUGGCAAGGAUGUUACUUGAUGGAAGACUGUUUCUGUGAUAUUCUUAAAUCAUCAUCAUUGUCAUCACUAUCAUCAUGAUCAUCAUUAGUAGCUUCCAUCAACCUCCUCUUCUUGUUGCCCAUCCAUUCCAGAGCAUCACUUCUUUCCAUUUGUUUUGUCAUGCCAAAGUUACUAUUCUUUUACUCUACUGAUUAUUCAUCUAUUAUCUUUGCAAUGCAUGACAUGCCCUGCCUUUUAGUCAAAAUGUCCUCAACUUUGGUCCAUUUCUAAAUAUAUGCUGAUCUAAUCUUAUUUUUAUAUAUAAUACUAAUCAUUAUUCUAUUUCCUUUACAUUCAGGACACACUGACAUUCCAUUUCAAUAUACUUUGUGAGACUGAAAAUUUAUGAUCUACAUGCUGCAAUUGCUUGAAUCCAAUAAUUAUAAACUUUUUAGUAAUAGUGAGAUUUUUUCAUAAGUAACAUUAUUUGUUUACCAAUGGCAGUCUAUUUUGCCAUUAUUCUCCUGAUUUCUUUCUUUAAUCUAGAUGAGUAGUACUAAGUUUCUGUCUUAAUGAUGUAUUCAUGGACACCUUAUUACUUCAUCCUCAACUUCACCAUACGUGUGGUCUAACAUGUCAUUACUAAAUAUCACCCUUUUUUCAUUGUUAACUUUAUUAUAAGUGUGUGUGUGUGUGUGUGUGUGUGUGUGUGUGUGUGUGUGUGUGUGUGUGUGUGUGUCAUUGCAAUCUGUUAAGUAAAUCAACAUAAUAUAUGUAUUACUUGAUGUGAGAAAAAUUUAAACCUCUAUGCUGUUUAAUGAUUAAUCUUAGAAUAUUUAAUAAAUGAUGAAUGUUCUCAUAUUAGCAGUGGCUUUAUGUGCAGGUUUUACACACACACACACACACACACACACACACACACACACACACACAC